AUGGCAACAAUUAAUGACACAAAGACAGAAAAAGAAAAGAUGUUAGCAGGAGAACAGUAUCUUCCGAGUAGUGACGAACUUACAAAGGAUAGAUGUUACUGCCGUAAGGUUUUGAAGGAGUUUAAUGAAGUGGCAUCCUUGGGUGAACAGCCAAAACGUGAACAAGAAUUGCUAUCAAGUCUUUUUAAUUCAUUUGGAGAAAAUAGCCGCAUUGCGCAUAACUUUAGAUGCGACUAUGGAUAUAAUGUCAACAUUGGCUAUAAUACAGAAAUCAACUAUGAUUGUGUCUUUCUAGAUAUUGGUAAAAUCAACAUUGGAAGCCAAGUGUUCAUUGGACCUGGUGUCCAUAUUUAUGCAGUCAAUCAUCCAUUAGAUCCUAACCUGAGGAAGCAAGGUUGGGAACAGGGUAAGAAUGUGACCAUUGAGGAUGGUGUAUGGAUUGGAGGUGGUGCCAUUAUUUGCCCAGGUGUUACUAUUGGCCAAGGAACUACAAUUGGCGCGGGUGCUGUCGUUACAAAGAACAUUCCUGCCAACGUUCUUGCUGUUGGUAAUCCUGCUAAAGUUAUCAAGGAGAUUACUCCUGGAGAAGAAAAGAAGGAUUAG